AUGGCAGACUCAGAACAGCCAGAAAUCUCUUCCGAACCUCAGAGCAGGCAUGUGACAUACUGCGGAGUUUGCACUCUGCCCCCCGAGUACUGCGAAUAUGGUGGUACCGUAAAGAAGUGCCAGGAGUGGCUCCAGGAGAACCACCCGACGUUGUACGAAAGGAUAUGGUCACCAGAGGCACUGGAAGCAGCGACCGCAGCUCUGUCUGUUGAUGCCCAAAAGAGAGCCGCACGCGACGCCCAGAAGAAGACCGCAAAGGCCGAGGCAGCCGAGGCCAAGCAAGCUGACAAGCUUGCAAAGAGCGUCGUGACUAUCAAGCGGAUCGAGCGAAACAAGAAGAAAUUCGUAACCGCGGUCAUCGGCUUGGAGGCAUUUGGUCUGGAGCUCAAGAAGGUAGCAAAGGAUCUGGGAAAGAAGUUCGCCACAGGAUCCUCGGUAACAAAGGUUCCUAGUGGAGGUGAAGAGAUUGUUGUACAGGGCGAUGUUAGCGACGAACUUCACGAUUUCCUUCUGGAGAAGUACAAGGAUAUCCCCGAAGACAACAUCGAAUUGGUCGACGAUAAAAAGAAGAAGAAGGCUACCUCAGGAUAA